AUGCACCCCUUCCCCGGCCUGCAGGGACCCGGGGCGCCAUCGCCCCUGCCUCUCCUCCUCCUGUGCCUCGUCGCUGCGGCGCGCCCGAGUUUGGCGGGCGACGAUCCUCCAGAUUCACCUUUUACAAGUCUACCUGGCCGAGAAGAAAUGAUAGCAAAAUACUCUAACCUUCUCUUGGAGAGUCACAACAUAUCACUGACUGAACAUUCCAGUGUGCCAGUAGAAAAAAAUAUCACUUUAGAAAGGCCUUCUAAUAUAGAACUCUCAUGCCAGUUUACAACAUCUGGGGAUUUGAAUUCAGUAAAUGUGACUUGGAAAAAAGGUGGUGAACCACUUAAGGCUAAUUAUCUUAUCAAUGCAACAGGAAACAUCCUGUAUACCAAAUACACGUUCGCCAUCAAUAAUAGCAAACAAAUGGGAAGCUAUUCUUGUUUCUUUGAAGAGGAAAAGGAACAAAGGGGAACAUUUAAUUUUAAAGUCCCUGAAAUUCAUGGAAAAAACAAGCCAUUGAUCACUUAUGUGGGGGAUUCUACUGUCUUGACAUGUAAAUGUCAAAAUUGUUUUCCUUUAAAUUGGACCUGGUACAGUAGCAAUGGGAGUGUAAUGGUUCCUGUUGAUGUUCAAAUGAAUGAUAAGUAUGUGAUCAAUAGCACAUAUGCUAAUGAAACAAGGUUCAAGAUCAUGAAACUUUCAGAGGAAGAUGGAAGAUCUUACUGGUGCCGUGCAUUAUUCCAGUUAGGCGAGAGUCAAGAACACAUUGAACUUGUCGUGCUGAGCUAUCUGGUGCCUCUCAAGCCAUUUCUAGCAAUAGUCGCUGAGGUCAUUCUUUUAGUGGCUAUUAUCCUGCUUUGUGAAAUGUGCGUGCAAAAGAAAAAGCAGCAGCCAGAUGAUGGGAAAGAGCUUGAACAAAUUGAACAUCUGAAAUCAGAUGAUAGCAAUGGUAUAGAAAAUAAUGCCCCCAGGCACAGGAAAAAUACUUACUAUGUAUGA